AUGCUGCUAAGGCGUGCGCAUAACCUGAUCUUUGUCAGCCGCCUCGUCUUCGUGUUUCUGUGUGCAUGGUGCAUCAACCGCUAUAACGCUGUGGCUGGUUGGCCAUUGUGGACGAUGAUGACGCUCUGCCAGCUUUCGGUGUUUGCUCAGAUGCGCCUUGCCGAUCUUGCCACGGCCUGGCUGCGUGACGACACGCAUGAGACGCUGGUCAGCACGAUGCCGUACUGGGAGCAUUGCCCGAAGUGGGUGGAGUCCAUGUUCCGGACAUGGUACUCUGCCUCGCAGAUUUACACCACUGUCACCAUCAUCAUAGCCGGCCCUGGGAUGGACCUCUACUUCGUCAUGAUCCUCCCGUACCAGCUCUACUCCGUGCUCAUGACGUUUGUUAGAAAAGGAGUGAUUUCCUCCCGAACCUGCCAUGUGACCUACUUCUGGAGCUUGUGGCAAAGCUGGAUCUGUGGCUUCAUGCUUCGGAGCCCACGCUUCUUCAUCCAGACGCAGUUCCUGCAGAUCCUCAUCUACUGCACGCGAGUGUAUGGGCUGAACAAGUACGUGCUUUGGAUUGGCCUCUGCAUUCCCGUGCAACUUUCCCUGUUCCACACCUGGCCAACACGCAGUGGUCAGGAAUUGUUGGACUACCCGACCAUGAGCACCAUGAUCCUUAUGUGGCUGGUCCUGGGCAUCGGGCUGAAGUUUUUCACCUCCACCCCACUCUUUGACUCGCGCCACGCACGCUACGUGGAGGCCCGACCCAAGCGGUUGAUUCUCCGGAGCCGAGAGAAGGUCAGCAGCACCCUCUACCACUUGAGAUUUGACUUCCCUUGGUUCUUCCGCUGGCAGGGCUACAGCAGUGGGCUGCAGCCCGGACAGCACGUGAAGCUGCUGUGCAAAAAUGCCUCGCAGGGCCUGAAGCUCUGGAAUGGCCAUGGCAACUUAGAGAUGUCCGUGGAGCACCUCAGUAGAUCUUACACACCCAUCAACUCCUCCAAGGAGCCAACGGUGGACUUCAUUGUCAAGUACUACCCCUCCGACUCCAGCGCUGGAUUUGCGGACGGCGGACGCGCGAGCAAGCUCCUGUGCGAAGAGCUUAAAGAAGGUGACGAGGUGUGGCUCUCGGGCCCCCAUGGUGGCAAAGUCUACCGCGGCAACGGCAACUUCCUGGUGGAUGGGCGAGUCAUAAAGGCCGACAGCAUUUGUGCGUUGGCUGGCGGCUCCGGCAUCACCCCUGUAUUGUCCUUGCUCCGUCAGUGCAGAGAAGAGUGCCGGGCAAGUUACAAGAAUCCUGCUGCGCAGCAGGAUCUCGUCAAGGAAUUCUCGGUGAUCCAUGCGAUGAGAUCCGAUGAUGAGAGGCUCAGCCCCAUGUGGUACACGCCCAUCACAGAGCUGGGCUUGGCACCCCGCUGCACUGUCACGAGCCUCGCGACUAAGGAGGAUCCGGCACUUAAGCGUCAGACCUCGACACCUCGAGAAGGCAUGCUGGCGCGCUACGGCAAGCUGUCGACGAGCGUUGUGGAGGAGAUCUUCCCGGCUCCCAGUGAGAAUGUCGUCGUGGUCAUUUGCGGGCCGAAGGGCUUCGUGGAUGAGGCUUGCUUACCCCUCCUGCGCGAGAUGAACUACACCAACGUCAUCACCAUGUGGUGA